GUGGUUUGGCUUCACAUAGCAAGCAAACAGCAAACCUUAUUUCCAAGUGUCCCUAAGAGAGAGAGUGGGGGAGAAUGGCCUCAUCUUCUUCUCCAUCUGUUCUACUGUUUCUGCUUCUUUUCACCAUAGCUGCAACUGCAAAAACUUCUGAAUCACUUUCAACGGUGUUUCCAAGAGCAAUUCUUGGGUCUGCAUUGAAACAAGUACGCAACGCAAAGAAACCAAAACCGAAUUUCCCAUUCAAGACCCAGUACUUCCCUCAGCUCCUGGACCACUUCACCUUCACGCCUAAGAGCUCCACAAUCUUCUACCAGAAGUACCUCGUCAACACCCAGUACUGGACCCAUGGAGCUCCCAUAUUUGUCUACACGGGCAAUGAGGGUGACAUCGAUUGGUUUGCCUCCAACACUGGCUUCUUGCUCGACAUUGCUCCCUCAUUUCGAGCCAUGCUGGUCUUCAUUGAACAUAGAUUUUAUGGAGAAUCAAUGCCAUUCGGAAAGGAGUCUUACAAGUCUCCGGAGACGUUAGGGUACUUGAAUUCACAACAAGCAUUAGCAGAUUUUGCAGUUUUGAUUAGGAGUCUGAAGCAGAAUCUGUCUUCUGAAGCAUCCCCUGUUGUGGUCUUUGGUGGAUCUUAUGGAGGAAUGCUGGCUGCCUGGUUUAGAUUGAAAUACCCACAUGUAGCCAUUGGAGCUUUGGCAUCUUCAGCCCCCAUUUUGCAGUUUGAUGACAUUACUCCAUGGUCGAGCUUCUAUGAUGCUGUUUCCCAGGAUUUCAAGGAAGCAAGCUUGAAUUGCUAUGAGGUGAUAAAGGGAAGCUGGGCAGAGCUGGACGCCAUAUCAGCUAAGGAAGGAGGAUUGGCGGAGGUCAGCAGAACUUUCAGAACUUGCAAGGACAUCAACUCGGUGUAUUCAGCUCGGGACUGGUUAUGGUCAGCUUUUGUUUACACAGCCAUGGUGAAUUAUCCAACCAAAGCCAAUUUUAUGAUGCCGUUACCUGCGUAUCCUGUUGCGGAGAUGUGCAAGAUUAUUGAUCGAUUUCCACAUGGGGCUACUAAUGUUAGCAGGGCUUUUGCAGCUGCUAGCUUAUAUUACAAUUAUUCUGGUACAGAAAAAUGCUUUGACUUGGAGAAUGGAAAAGAUGCUCAUGGCCUCCAUGGUUGGGAUUGGCAGGCAUGUACAGAGAUGGUUAUGCCACUGACUUGCUCCAAUGAAAGCAUGUUUCCUCCAUCUGCCUUUGAGUACAAAGAAUUUGCAGAUGAAUGCACAAGGAAAUAUGGAGUUAUGCCUCGACCACACUGGAUCACGACUGAAUUUGGUGGCAGUAGAAUCGAACAAGUGCUGAAGAGAUCAGCCAGCAACAUUAUUUUCUCCAAUGGAAUGCAAGAUCCAUGGAGCAGAGGCAGUGUGCUGAAAAAUAUAUCUGCUAGCAUUGUAGCCCUUGUGACCAAAAAAGGAGCUCACCAUGUUGAUUUUCGGUUAGCCACGAAAGAGGACCCAGACUGGCUGAUUGAGCAGAGGAGGCAAGAAGUGGAGAUCAUUCAGAAGUGGAUACAUGACUACAAUGCAGAUCUCAAACAAUGAGAGUUGACACUUGAAAAAGAGUGAAUAAAACAACCCAAUAUAUGUGGGAUCGGGGAAUUUUAGUUGUUUGGUUCCCAGAAUCACUCUUCUCUGCAAUUUUAAGGGGGGAAAUAAUCAAUGAAUUAGUGUUGAUUUCUCCUGGAAAUGCACACUUUAGAAGGGCAAGUGUGCAUGAUUUUCUUAUAUUCAUCAAAUAAUUCAAUCUCCAAACUCUAUUUGCCCCUGUUGGAUUUAAAUAUUCUUAUCUCAUUGACUGUCAGGAAUUAUUCUAAA